AGUACGUUAUUGACCAUGCAGCAACUUCCCUUAUAUACAAUGACCGACUGUGCAGAAUGAGCAAUAGCCUAUUGUUGACCUGUUACGUCUUUAUAACGGCAAUCAUUUGCAAACUAAGAUCACAUGAUGAGUAAAGCAAGAGGAAGCUGUUGUUGAGUAAAUCAGGAACUCUCACUUCAUAUCCCAAAAAUGGAGAGACCGAUCGUCAGUGACUAUGGGGCGCAUUACGGCGCAAUUAACCAGGUUUAUGGAUUACCACCAGCAGCAGCCAUGUCGGCCUCGCCUGCUGCAAACACUUUUGGAGCCUCUGCACCUCCUGCAAACAUGUUCGACACAGUGCCUGGAUAUGAAGGAACGCUGGCCGGCGGAGGCGGCGGGUAUCUUCCUCCUCCAAUGCCAUCCGUGCCGAUGCCUGUGCCUGAACAAGCCCCCCACCCACCAGAUUGGCAUAUACCUUCCAUCUCAGAGGAAAGAGCACGUGAAGCUUUCGCAACAUACGUCUCUAGCAAUUGCUGCUAUAGUUCUGGCCCUGUCACAGAUGGAGUUAUAACUAAUAUGCAGUCUUUUAACACCUACAGAUAUCGUUUGGAGACGUUUACUGAGUCCAGAUCUACUGAAUGGAGUCAGGAACCAUACUCAGGACAGCCUGUGGAUGCUGGAGUUCAGCCGGCUCCAGGACCGUGGCAGAUCGCUGCUCAACCUCCACCCUUCUUUCAAGACCAAAAGCAGGCCAUUAAAGUUCCUUUCACUUCAUCAAUUAAGAACUGUCACGUGUGUCUUGGAAUGGGAAACAAACCCUGCACCACCUGUGCUGGAGCUGGAAAUAAAGUCUGCUGGGUGUGUAAUGGUUCCGGUUCCCGUCUUAAUGAUGAACGAUGCUCACACUGCAAUGGACAGGGUCGUGAAAACUGCUCUUCAUGUAGUGGCAACGGCUCUUCCCAGUGUGACACCUGCCAUGGAAAGAGACAGCUGAUCGUUUUCAUCAACCUCAAUGUGAAAUGGAGCACCGAGAAGGAAGACUUCGUAGCGCAGGAUUUAAGUGGGCUGAAAGUGGAGAAACUGGAGAAGGUUUCAGGGAAGGAGCUUUUCAAAGACUCCCAGUUUAUGGUCUAUCCAGUGAUGGGCUUUCCAGAUGCUUCUGUUGCACAGGCGUCUCAGCGUAUAGUGAGAGACCAUCAGACGAAAUUCGCCCAAACCUCCCGUAUAUUACAGCAGAGGCAGACAAUCGAGCUCAUUCCCGUAACUAAAGUCAACUACACGUGGAAAGGAAACCCCUAUGUUUAUUAUGUGUAUGGGAAUGAGUUCGAAGUGAACGCUGAAGACUAUCCUGCCACCUGCUGCUGCUCUGUGAUGUAACGGCCUGACCUGACGUACAGCUGAAGUACAGUUCUGGAGAAGAACAUGAAACGCAUGUGUCUCUUGUUUUCCCAGGAUAAACAGGGCAUUGCUUUUAACCCUUUGACCGUAUAUACAGUAUGUAACACUUUGUAUGACAUCUAACUCAGUAUGACCAAAUGAACAACUAAACCUCAUAGAUUAACGAUAAAGCUCUUAUAAUACGUGACUGUUAUGUAUAAUCUGCAAUAUGAAUGCAUGAAUAAAAAGGAUAUAAUGAGAUUGA